AUGUAUGCGUCUCCCGUGUUUCCUUGUAUGUCCAACACUUGCAGAAAUGCGCCCCCAACGUCUCUGCGGACCUCUGGCUCACCACAACCUCCGACAGCCUCGCCACUGUGCAAAGCAAGCCCAGAUGGCAGCCUCGUCGCCACGCUGAAUGCGCAAAUCAUCUCUGUGCGCUCCGUCGAGACUCUGCAGGUGGAAAACACAAUCCAACUACCGCCGAACCUCGGUCCCGUGACUUUUCUCCAAUGGUCGCCCUCGUCCACGCGGCUGCUCGUCUGCGCCGCCGGCGAGAGCGUGCACGUCUUUUCCGCCAGCAUCGACUCGUCGUCGUCGUCCUUUCACGCCACCAUUACUAGCCCGCUGCUCCCUGGCGAAAAGGCCAGCAUUGCGCGCUUUGGCGCCCACGACGGCGAGGUCCUCGUUUGCUCACCGUCGGGCCUCAAGCUCGCCAUCUUUAGCCUCUCCUCCUCCUCUUCUUCCUCCUCCUCCUCCUCCUCCUCCUCCUCGUGUACGCCGACGGCGGCGGUCGAGGUGGCCAACCCGAAAUUCCACCAGCCGUCGUCGGUGGGCCGGAGCUACUCGGUGCGUCCCGGCACCCAGCACCUGGCCAUUCUGACGCGGACCAAUGGUAAAGAUUUCGUGAGCAUACACCACCCAUUGUCCAGACUGGUGCAAAAGUCGUGGGCGGUGGACAUGGUGGAAGACGCGCAGGCCGUCUGCUGGACGCCGGAUGGAAAGUGGCUGCUGCUGUGGGAGUCGGCGGCGCAGGGCCACCAGCUGAUUCUGUACACGGCGGAUGGGCAGCACUUUAGGACAAUGAGUGGCGCGCAUUUAUCAGAUGGCCCGGAUGCUUCGCUGGAACUGGGCAUAAAGACUUGCCAACCGAGUCCCAACUCGGACCUUUGCGCUGUCGCCGAUCAUAGUCGCAGUAUUGCGAUAUUGCAAACAGACUCUUGGAGGAGGAGGGCAGUAUUAACACAUCCUGUGACUAUUGUGCCUCGAGAUACGCUGCAUAUAUGGCAGGAACAGCUAGAGACAUCUAGAGACGGCCAGACAGUGCACACCUUUCAGCGCGCGACGCAGCCAAUCUCCCCACCCAGCAUGCCAUCCGACGGCAGACCAACGACGGAAGCGAAGCCCGGAUGUUCCGUCCUCGCCUUUGACGCCUCAUCCGCCCUCCUCGCCACUCGGCUCGACGACGCACCCUGCACCGUCUGGAUCUGGGACGUUGCCGCCGCCGAGCUACGCGCCGUCCUCGUCUUCCACUCCGUCGUCACCUUUACGUGGCACAAGAAGACGCGGGAGCUACUACUCAUCCACUCCUCCUCCUCCUCCCAACAAGACAACGGCAAAAGUAGUAGCGGCUUGGCGUAUCUAUGGGAUCCGUUGCUGCCGGGACCGACGCCGGUGGUGCCCGAAGAGUUCAUCGCGGCGAGAAGCAGCAGCAGCAGCAGCAGCGCGGCCGGCGCCGGCGGCGGUGGUGGCGCACCGGUCAGAGCACAGAUCUCAUGGAUCAACACGGACAUGGAGUAUCCGCUGGCGCUGCUGACUACGGCGCAGCAGUACCGCAUCCUGUCGCUGGGCGAGGGAGACCAGGUCCCGGAGACGUGGCACGGAGCGUCAAAGUGGGAUGAUGAUGAGCUGCCGAAAGGAAGGAGGAGGACGAGGAGGAGCAGAGCGUUUGACCCGGAUGUAUCUGACGUGUCCGUCGAUGACGGCACAGCGGUAGAGGACACAUUUUCAUUUCGAAAGACGUGA